CGUCGCAAGGCUGCUUGAAACGGAAGAUGGAGGAGAACAGCAGAGAGCAUCUCGACACUGAUAAUGAAGCAGGGGGAGAGGAAGCAUUGGUGGGGAAUGUAAACAAACUGACGGUCACCCCUCCUGGAUACCCCGGACCGCCCAGAAAAGGACAUCUCAUCUUUGAUGCCUGCUUCGAAAGUGGGAACUUGGGCCGUGUUGACUACAUCAGUGAGUUUGAGUUUGACCUCUUCAUCAGGCCUGACACAUGUAACCCGCGGUUCAGGGUGUGGUUUAACUUCACAGUGGAAAAUGUUCGAGAGACCCAGAGAGUGAUUUUCAACAUUGUGAACUUCAGCAAGACCAAGAGUCUGUACAGAGAUGGCAUGUCUCCUGUGGUGAAGUCCACCAGCCGGCCUAAAUGGCAAAGACUGCCCGCCAAGAAUGUGUAUUACUACCGCUGCCCCGACCACCGGAGGAACUACGUGAUGUCGUUCGCCUUCUGCUUUGACCGCGAAGAUGACGUUUAUCAGUUCGCUUACUGCUACCCGUACACCUAUUCCCGUCUGCAGCAUUACCUGGCCAGCCUGGAGCACAGAAAUCUCGAUUACCUCCGACGGGAGCAGCUUGGCCUCAGCGUGCAACAACGGCGGCUGGAUCUUCUGACCAUCACAAAUCCUGCCCAUCUGAACCAAGAGGGAGAAAAACGGGUGGUGUUUCUCACUGCCCGCGUUCAUCCUGGAGAAUCACCUGCUUCCUUCAUCUGUCAUGGUGUGAUUGACUUUCUGGUCAGCCAGCAUCCCAUCGCGCAGGUCCUGCGUGACCAUGUCGUCUUUAAAAUCGUACCCAUGCUCAACCCCGAUGGCGUUUACCUGGGAAACUACAGGUGUUCACUAAUGGGCUUCGAUUUAAACCGUCAUUGGCAGGAUCCUUCUCCCUGGGCCCAUCCAACUCUGCAUGCUGUCAAACAACUCAUUGUCCAAAUGAACCAAGACCCGAAAGUGAGUUUGGAGUUCUACAUCGAUGUCCACGCCCACUCCACCAUGAUGAAUGGCUUCAUGUACGGUAAUGUGUUUGAGGAAGAGGAGAGGGGGCAGAGACAGGCAGUUUUUCCUCGGCUACUGUGCCAGAACGCACCUGACUUUUCUCUUUCCAGUACAUCCUUUAACCGUGAUUUGGUCAAGGCGGGCACCGGUCGUCGGUUUCUGGGUGGUUUGCUGGAUGACACAUCAUACUGCUACACAUUGGAGGUCUCCUUUUACAGUUACCUGACAGCAGGAAGUACCUCACCUGUGCCGUACACUGAAGACGGCUACACGAAGCUGGGCAGAAACGUGGCCCGGACGUUCCUGGAUUACUACAAGCUGAACAACCUGGUAGAUGAGGCCAAGUUAACAGGACACGUUCACAGCACUUUUGAUGGAACGUCCACCAGUCAUCAAGGAAACAAUACUAGAAAUGGGAAGAAUCAGGUGAAAGGUGACAAAAAAGCCAUGGGGCCAGGCAAUACUGAAUAAGCAAGGUCUAGCAAGUUGUUAUGAACUAUAUUGUCCACCUGCAAUUUAUGUGUUCAUAUCAACUUACAGCAAUCCACUUGUUGUCCAAGUUGUAUGUAAGGAUAAGACUCUGGAGGCUUUGCUAAUAUUUUUCACUUGUGAGAUAUUGCUCAAAGAAAACAUCAUCUAUAAAUUGUCCCACCGGCUACAUUUAUUGGUUUUUUAGUGCUUUUGUUGAAUAUUAACUACUUCCUUUGCCUUGUUUUUGAAGCUGCCUAUUGCCUGUAAGUACAGACAUUUAAUUUCAGCUGCAUUCAUUCUGAUAAAAUGAUUGUUUGUACUGUUUUGUACUUUAUGCUUUUUUUGUCAUAUUAGUUGUUUGUUCAAAUCUGAAUGCUUCAAAAUUGCUUACAUGUAAAGCAAUUGACCUUUCAUUAUGUUCAUGCUUUGUGUUUAUGA